GAAAAAGGAGCUCUCUACUGCCUCCUCCUCCCUCACUGCUGAUUCAGGACAGAGCUGAUUUUGUGAGCUUCUGAAACUUUCAAACCACCUUUUAGAGACUUGAAGGCAUCAUGGAUAACUUUACAUACGACUACAGCGACGACUACUUCUAUGAUCUGGAAAAUUUAAACAACACAUGUGAGUUUGAUGAACUGCCAGUGUCGUACUCUCUCAUCCCCGUCCUCUACAUGCUCAUCUUCAUUCUGGGCCUCUCGGGGAACGGCGUGGUCAUCUUCAUUGUGUGGAAGGCCGAGAGCAAGCGCCGAGCAGCAGACGUCUACAUUGGGAACCUGGCGAUGGCGGACCUGACGUUUGUGGUGACCCUGCCACUGUGGGCCGUAUACACAGCGCUGGGGUAUCACUGGCCGUUUGGUGUGGUUCUGUGCAAGCUCAGCAGCUACAUCGUGAUACUCAAUAUGUUCGCCAGUGUCUUUUGCCUCACCUGCCUCAGCUUGGACCGAUACCUGGCCAUCGUGCGCUCUCUGAGCAGCUCGCAGCUCCGGACCCAUGGACGAAUGAAGGCCUCGCUCAUCGCCAUUUGGUUUCUGUCAGGUGCACUGGCAUCACCCACACUGCUCUUCCGCACCACAUUGCAUGACCGAGUCACCAAUCAGACCUCUUGUGCCAUGGAUUUCAGCCUCGUGGCGACCAACCAGACCGAGAACCUUUGGAUUGCCGGAUUAGGCAUUUCAUCCACGGCUUUUGGGUUCCUCAUCCCGUUGCUGGCUAUGAUGGUGUGCUACGGCUUCAUCGGCUGCACCGUGACGCGACACUUCAACAAGAACCUGCGCAAAGAGGACCAGCGCAAGCGGCGCCUCCUGAAGAUCAUCACGACAUUGGUGGUGGUGUUCGCCGCCUGCUGGAUGCCCUUCCACCUUCUCAAGACCAUGGAUGCUCUUUCCUACCUCGAAGUUGUGCCUGAUUCCUGCGCCCUGCUCAACUUCCUGCUCUACGCUCAUCCAUACGCCACCUGCCUCGCUUACCUCAACAGCUGCCUUAAUCCGUUUCUCUAUGCUUUCUUCGACCUGCGCUUCAGAUCCCAGUUUUUGUGCCUCCUGAACCUGAAAAAGGCGCUCCACCCAAGCCCAGCAAGUUCUCUCUCCUCGCAAAAGACUGAAGCACAAUCUCUAGCCACUAAGGUGUGAAGUACAGAGAUUUUUACAAGAGGAAGUCUUCUUGUUCGAGCCUUCGCAACUCGACAGUAAAUGUACUGAUCUUGGACAAGCAACAAUCGCUUGUGUAUCACACCAAAAGACCUUAAGAAACUGCUCCUUUUUUUGAUGAGCACAUUGGCCAUUGGUGCGGUCUGAAAACGCUGAGGUUUUCUGGUUUGCAAUGCCAGUCUCUUUGGCAUCACUUCCAGAGAUCAGAGUCCACGGACAGCUGUGUUCCAGACGUUAGCACGUUAUCGGACGUCUCACAGACCUCAUGUGGACUCCUUAGGGGACUCGGGGCUGAUGGAGGAAGCCUAGUGGGUGGUCUGGGCAACUUACAACAACAGACAUUUGCUCUCAACUUUGGCAAACAAGCUCCUCUGUCAUUUUAUCGCUUGGUUUCUUAAGCACUUGGUCAUGCAUUGAUUAGGGUUGUCCCAGCGUCUCCUACUGAGCAAUUUACGUCUUCGUCACUGGGGAUCAGACUAUUGGAAGGGUGGGUGGGUGGGUGUGUUGGGGGUGUCGGCCAAGAAGAAGUGUUGCAGCUUGAUUAAAGAGUCGUGUGUGUGAGUGUGUGUGUGUGUGUUUGGGGGACUCAGAGUGCCAGAUGGCAACUGCCAAAUGCUUUCGGAGGAGGGCGAGUUAAUAAGUGGCAGCUUUUACGAAUGACAGACUGGUGUGUGUGUGUGUGUGUGUGUGUGUGUGUGUGUGGACAUUUCUGGAAUGUAAUGGGUAGCUAACUGUUUUUGACUUUUUCUCAUUUUUCAUCAAUUGAUCACCUGCUGUAUGACCCUGCUAUGAAAUAAUCUGUAAAUAAAAAUGU